AUGCAGCCUUCUGAAUCCAAAAUUCUCCGGAGCGUCGCCAUAAUCUGGAGGAUGACCACACACUCGUCCUUGAGGAGGACCUCGAGCUUCUGCGGGAAAACAGCCAAGGACAGAAAGAGAUACAAGUUCGCCGCCCUUACGUUGGCUGCCGUUUUGUGGGCGUCCGCGCUCCUCGUUUUCCAUUUCUCUGAGGACGUACCUCUCCACGACAGGCGCCUCCACGGCAAAAGACCAGACAGGAAAGGAAAAAUCGAGCGGCCUGCGACGCGAGAAGACCCCAUAAAUCUCGAGGCACUCUUGUCGCCAGCCUUGCGUCGUCAGGCAGUCUCUCCUGAGAACUUCAGGAAGCUGAACGACCGACGGCAAGCCCUCCUUCGGGAUAAGUGUCAAGGCUUCAGGAACUUCCGCACGAGAUGCCUGCCGCCGCACCACGAGGAGGUCGGCGUCCCUGGUAGACCUCGGUACCUGGAAGUAUUUCGCAAGCCUGUUUCCGGAAGACUCAAUCAACACACACCCAGUGACUAUCGUGAGCACCAGGCAUCCAUUUUCUCGCCUGGUUUCUGUCUACAGGGACAUUUUCCUUAAUGGGAAUCCUAUAUCAAAAUACAAGGACGGUACAGUUUCCCAGGAUUCAGGAGACAGGCGUUAUCUAUGGCUGGCGUACUGGCUGCCGGCCCUCGUGUCCAGGGGAGACGUGGAGCCCUCUGCGUGGAUGGUUGAGAGACACAGGAUGCUGAAACAAGAGUCCGACCCUUGUAACUUGAGCCUGAAGUUGAAGAGCGAGUUCGCUAAAGUAGUCGAGCGCGACUAUAGGAACAACAAACAAACAGAGUCGAGGCGAUUUGAAAACGUCUCUUUCACCUUCCAAGAUUUCCUGCAGCACGUCUUGUGGACUUCCCACCACGGCGUGAUGGACCACGCCUGGGCGCCCCAGACUUGCCUCUGCGACCCUUGCAAGAAUUCCUACGACUACAUCCUCGAGUCGGAGAACAUUUUAGCCGAAGCAAAACAGGUAUUCCCCGCGACGAGAAUUCCCCACGACGUCCAGAUUGAGGAUGUCUUCAGCAGCGCGGAUUUCGACCCGUCUUCAAUCGCUCUUUAUUUUGACGACAUAACGAGCGGAACCUUGAAAAGACUGUUUCAUCUUUACUGGAACGAUUUUCAUCUAUACGGUUAUGUAUGAGACUAUACCAGGAAAUGAAGCUUGGAUCUUGAAUGUUUGUGCCACGAAGUAAGGGCAUAAACAGCCUAAAACAAGUGACUAUCCUACAUUAGGGCUCAGUGUUUAGUUAGUAUCUAACCGGUGUAUAUAUAGAAACAACUUUAUUCAAGUUAGUGCAUUUACCGGAUAUAUAUAAAUAACUAUAAUUAGGAUAUGCUCAAUACAUCCACAUCAGUAUCUUAUAGAUGCUAAGUGGCAUGUUUUUUUCCCACUCUUACAAAUUAAGGCAAUAACACAGUGGUUUCCAACCGUUUUACUCUCAUGAUCCACUUCUCCUACAUAUCCGCGACCACUCGACAUUAGCCGUUCCAUUGAUAUUUCUGAUAACUUAUUUUUAAGCUAAGAUAUAAAAAAAAAUCAACAGUCUUUAUUCAC